AUGACGAUUGACAAAAUCGAGAUGUCGGGAGAUUUUCUGAAAGUACCGACUCCGAAUUUCGAACCGUCGGAACGAUGGCGAAUUAUGAAGAACAUUCUAGUAAUUAGUUGCGCCUUCAUGGUGAAUUUUACUGCUUUCAUGGGAGCCUCAAACUUACAGAGCUCUGUCAACGCAGAUCAAUCGCUAGGCACAUUCACAUUGUCGGCGAUUUAUGGCAGUCUGCUCUUCAGCAACAUUUUGUUACCCGCUUUAAUCAUAAGCUGGUUAGGAUGCAAGUGGACGAUGUCGGUUUCUAUAUUGGCUUAUAUGCCUUUUAUAGCUUCGCAAUUUUAUCCUAAAUUUUAUACUAUGAUUCCCGCUGGAUUAUUAGUCGGAUUAGGCGGUGGACCGCUUUGGUGCGCAAAGUGUACUUAUUUAACUGUGGUAGCAGAAGCUUAUUCAACCGUUUCAGAUAUAGCCACAGACGUCCUUGUUACAAGAUUCUUCGGUCUUUUUUUCAUGUUUUAUCAAAUGGCACAGGUGUGGGGGAAUCUUAUAUCUUCAGCAGUUCUUUCAUAUGGAAUCGACACGAUUGUCACAAACGUCACUCUAAACAGCAGCGUUGUGGCUGAAAUAUGCGGGGCCAAUUUCUGUGGAGUGUCAGAGGAAAAUGAAAAUCCAAAUUUGCAGCGACCUCCAGUAGAACGAAUAUACCUCAUUUCUGGAAUUUAUUUAGGCUGCAUGAUAUUAGCUUGUUUAAUCAUUGCGUGCGCCGUUGAUUCCUUAUCCAGAUACGAUAGGAACAGAGCCCGCUUAGUGAAAGGAUCAUCCGGAUUCAAGCUCUUGGCCGUGACAUUAAAACUACUGAAAGAAAAGAAUCAACUUUUAAUAUUGCCGAUAACGUUGUUUAUUGGGGCCGAGCAAGCGUUUUUAUUUGCCGAUUAUAACGCUUCGUUCGUUUCCUGUGCUUGGGGGAUUAGUAAUAUUGGCUAUGUGAUGAUAUGUUUCGGUAUCACGAACGCUAUAGCUGCACUUUCUACGGGAGCCAUCGUAAAGUUGACUGGAAGAAAGCCUGUGAUGAUUUUUGCUUUUUGUUUGCACUUAAGUCUUUUCGUUUACAUGUUACAAUGGAAACCGACACCAGAACAGGGUAGUAUCUUCUUUCUGCUGUCGGGUUUAUGGGGUGUAUGCGAUUCGAUCUGGCUAGUACAAGUCAAUGCAUUAAGUGGUAUAUUGUUUCCUGGUCGAGAAGAGGCAGCUUUCUCAAAUUUCCGCUUGUGGGAAUCCACUGGUUCAGUGAUAACAUAUGUGUAUAGCCCAUAUCUGUGCACUUAUAUGAAGUUGUAUCUUUUAAUCGGAAUACUGUGCGUUGGAAUGGGUGGUUACGGUGUUAUCGAGUGGUUAGGCAUUCGAGCAGACAGAGCUGUUUCUGAGAACAAGCCUGAUUUAGAAUUAAUGAAUGAUAGAGACAUCAAUCGAUAAAAUAUA